AUGUUGACCGAAUCGUGUGGGCUGAUGGGAUCGGAUGUGCGGGACCUAACUCCCCUCAUGCCCGCCGUACCCACUCUACCACCUCUUCCAGCACCCAACAGUGGAGCUCCUCAGUGGGGUCCGAUCGUCGACUUCCACCCUGGCUCUCCAUACAGCGCUCUGCCCUCACACUCAUUCAUCAAGCAGGAGCCUGGCUGGGGGUCAGUGGACACCCAUGAUGACCCUCACUGCACCCUUGGUGCCUUCACUGUUCACUUUUCAGGGCAGUUGACCGGAGGCUGCAGGUACGGAGCGUUCACUGAGCCAUCGUCUGGACAGAACAGGGGGUUCAGCAGCACCCCAUAUCUGAGUGCUGAAAAUCCUCCAAUCCCAAGGAAUCAGACAGAUGUGGAUGGAGCGUUAAGUUUUCCCCACACUCCUGUUCACCAUUCACCAUCCUUUCCUUGUUCUCAUCCUUUCAAACAUGAGGAAGCUUUGUCACAGCCCACUGUGGACGAGCAGCAGUAUCUGGCCCCACCCCCUGUCUAUGGUUGCCACACCCCCAACGACAGCCAGACUCUGCUUUUACGAAACAGCUACAACAGUGAUAAUCUGUACCAAAUGACAGAACGCGUGACCUGGAACCCGGUCAACAGUCUGGCCUCCACCAUCAAGAGUCCGAGUACAGGGUUUGAGAGCGAGCCCACAGCAGCUGUUGCUCCUGUGAUGUACAGCACUCAGUACCACAUACACACUCAUGGCAUUUUCCGAGGAAUUCAGGACGUGAGGCGAGUACCGAGCAUCACCCCCUCUACUGUGAGGUCGACCGAGCCCAGUGAGAAACGUCCAUUCAUGUGCUCAUAUCCUGGUUGCAGCAAGAGAUACUUCAAACUCUCACACCUGCAGAUGCAUGGAAGGAAACACACAGGAGAGAAACCAUACCAGUGUGACUUCACAGACUGUGGUCGCAGAUUCUCCAGAUCAGACCAGCUAAAGAGACACCAGCGCAGACACACAGGAGUAAAACCAUUUCAGUGUCAGACGUGUCAGAGAAAGUUCUCGCGUUCAGACCACCUCAAGACUCACACGCGGACUCAUACAGGUAAAACAAGUGAGAAGCCAUUUAUCUGUCGCUGGCCAAGCUGUCAGAAGAAGUUUGCUCGUUCAGAUGAGCUUGUCAGACAUCAUAGCAUGCAUGAGAGGAACAUCACCAAACUGCAGUCAGCUCUCUGA